GGGCGGGGCGACGCCUCUGAGGCGCCAAAGCAAGAUGGCGGCGGCGGCGGCGGAGGCAGGGACGGGAGCGGAGCCCCGGGAGGUCCUCGGCGGCGGGGGCGGAGGCGAGCUCCGGACUCCCUCCGCCGCGGAAAGGCCCCGCUUCUCGCUGCUGGCGGUCUUCGGCCCCGGAGGCGCCCGGGCCGGGCUGAGGAAGGCGGCGCUGGAGGCCCUCAGAGCCGGCAUCCGCUCCUGGGACGUCGACCCGGCGGCCUGCGACCUGGACCAGCAGCUCAAGCUCUUUGUCUCCCGCCACUCGGCCACCUUCUCGGACAUGGUCAAAGGUCAGCGGGCCCUCCACCACCGCGGGGACGUCCUGGAGGCCCUGGUGCUGCUGAACCCCUCGGACACGUCCGUCUGCGACGAGCUCCGCAACCUGGUGGCGGACCCUUCGCGGGACAAGCUGGUGGUCUUUGCCGGGCCCUUCGUGGAGGAGACCGGGGAGCUGGUCCUGCAGAGGGGCGCCUUCGCCCUCCGGGACCUCCUCCAGAUCCUGGCCGACAAGGAGGUGGUGGAGCUGCUGGGCUCGGCGCCCUCCCGCCGGCGCCUGACGGUGGUCUGCCCGGACUUUGGGGAGUGGCGGGACCCCGUGGGGGCCGCGGCGGAGCUGGCGGGGCUGCUGGAGCUGCGCUUCAACCCGGGCCCGGUGCAGCCGCCGCGGCCGGCGGGGUCGGAGGGCCUGGGGGAGUUCCUGGAGUACCUCUCGGAGUCGCUGGAGCCGCCCUCGCCCUUUGAGCUGCUGGAGCCGCCCGGGGCGGUGGGCUUCCUGCGCCUGGCGCGGCCCUGCUGCUACGUCUUCCCCGGCGGGCGCGGCGACGCGGCCUUCUUCGCCGUCAACGGCUUCAACGUGCUGGUGGACGGCGGCUCGGACCCGCGCUCCUCCUUCUGGAAGCUGGUGCGGCACCUGGACCGCGUGGACUCGCUGCUGGUCACCCACCUGGGCACCGACAACCUCCCCGGCGUCAACAGCCUCCUGCGGCGGAAGCUGGCCGAAGCGGAGGCGGCCACGGCGGAGGUGGAGCGCCCGGUGGAGUGGGUGCGCAACCUGGUCUCGCCGGAGCUGGGGGUGGUCUUCCUCAACGCCGCGGAGAGGCUGCGCGGGACCAAGGAGACGGAGCCGGCGUCCGGAGCGGCGCUGCUGCGGAGCUGCGACGAGGCCCGGCUCACCCUGCACUGCCUGGACCGCCUGGGGGUCCGGCCGCUGCCCCUCUGCCGGGGGCCCGGCCCCAAGGCGGAGCCCACCGUCCUCUUCGAGAAGAUGGGCGUGGGCCGGCUGGACAUGUUCGUGCUGCACCCGGUGAAGGGCAGCCGGGAGGUGGACUUCCUGCGCAAGGAGUGGGCCGGCGGACCCCCGCCGAAGGGGCUGGAGGCGCUGCCCCUGCCCUGCCUGACCUCCGUCUGCGUCCUGCUGGUCUGGCACCCGGCCGGCCCCUCCGAGAAGCUGGUGCGCGUCCUCUUCCCCGGCUGCACCCCGCAGGGCCGCGUCCUGGAGGGGCUGGAGAAGGUCCGGCACCUGGACUUCCUCCGCCGGCCGGUGGUCACGCAGGACGACCUGGACCUCCAGGGCCGGAGGAGGGCCGGCGGGAGCCAGGAGAGCCUGCGCUCGGCCUCCAGCCUCUCGGGCCUCAAGGAGAAGAAGGAGAAGGUGGAGGAGGAGCAGGAGAAGAGGGUCUCCAUCGAGGAGAAGCCCAAGGAGAAGCAGCCGGCGGUCAAGAAGGAGGCCAGGAAGGCGGCCCCCAGCGAGGACGGGGCUCAGAAGAAGGAGGGGAAGGUCCCCAAGAAGGCGGAAGGGAAGGCGGAAACGUCCCGGAGGGAGACCCUCAAGAAGGAGGACAGCAAGGGAGAAGCCCCCCGGAAAGACGUCCCCAAAAAGGAGGACGGGAAGGCGGAAACGUCCCGGAGAGAGCCCCCCAAGAAGGACAGCAAGGGAGAAGCCCCCCGGAAAGAGCCCCCCAAGAAGGACAGCAAGGGAGAAGCCCCCCGGAAAGAGCCCCCCAAGAAGGACAGCAAGGGAGAGGCCCCCCGGAAAGAGCCCCCCAAGAAGGAGGAGCCCGCCAAGGACACCCGCAAGGCCUCUGUGGCCAAGGUGGGGAGCGCCACCGUCAAGAAGGCCCCGAAGAAGGAGGCGGAGAAGCUGAAGGGCAAGGCCGCCCCCAGGGUGCCCCCCAAAAGAGCCCCUGCCGAGGGCUCCGAAGCCCCUCCCGAGACCCCGGUCCAGGAGGAGGGCGGCCCGUCCGCGGAGGAGGGCCCUGUGGCCGCGUCCCCCGAGGCGGAGAGCCCCCAGGCCCUGCGGCAGGGCGCCGGCGUGGGAGAGGCCGCGUCCCCGCUCCGGGCCCCUCUCAGUCCGACCUCCCCGCUGGAGAUGGAGGGGGCGGGGGGCAGCUCGGAGGAGAAGACGCUGGAGAUGAUGUCCCCCGGGAGCCCCUGCGGCCCCUCCCCGCUGCCCUUCUCCCCGGCCGAGGAGCCGGUCGUGCUGCUCCUCAACGACAACUCCGCCUGCGUGGCCUCCGCCUCCGCAGCCUCCUCGCGCUCUCAGUCCGACUCCUCCGACUCGUUCUCCUUCUUCCCGGAGCGGCCGUGCGGGGGGCGCCUCUCCCCGGGGGCCGCCUCCCUGACGCUGACCACGCCCUCGCUGCCGGCCGAGGUGGGCUCCCCGCACUCCACCGAGGUGGACGAGUCGCUCUCCGUCUCCUUCGAGCAGGUCCUGCCGCCCGUCAGCGAGGAGGGGGCGGGGGAGCCGCCGGACCCCCGGGCCCCGCCCAAGCCCGGCCUGGCCCUGGCCCUGCGCCCGCCUCACGACGUCGACCUCUGCCUGGUCUCCCCCUGCGAGUUCGAGCACCCCAAGUCCGAGCGCUCCAACAGCAGCGGGGGGUCGCAGGACGUCAGCAAGGCCUCCCGCGCCAAGACCACCCCCACCUCCAUCGGCGAGUCCCUGCCCACCCUCUCGGACUCCGACCUGCCCCCCGCACCCGGCACCGACUCGGACGACGACGACGAGGACGGCCUGGCCCAGAUGCCCCGCGACCCGCUGCCCGCCGUCCUGAAGGACCCCCGCCCGCUGGCCGCCCCGCCGGGCCUCUGCAUGGCCGACCCCGAGAGGAGCAAGGGCAGCAGUGGCGGCGGGAGGGCGGGGUCUGCCCCGGCCAAGGGGAGGGCCGCCCCCACCCCCACCCCCACCGGCCCCUCCGGGCGCGCCAAGCCCUCCUCCGCCGGCCCCGGGGAGCGCGCCAGGACCACCUCCGCCACGGGCGGGGGCAGCAAGAGCGAGGCCCUGGGCGGGCGGGCCAGCGGGGACGGGAAGGCCUCCCUCCCCCCCGGACAGAGGGGCUCCGCCAGCCGAGGACCCCCCUCCGCCUCCGCCUCCGCCACCGGAAGGGCCUCCCUCGCAGGCGCGCGGGCGUCCCCGGCGGGGGGGUGGCCGGUGUACCUGGAGCUGGCGUACCUGCCGGGGGCGUGGGGGUCUCCGGGCGUGGACGAGGGCUUCUUCCGGAGCGUGCGCUCGCAGUGCUACGUGGUCAGCGGGCAGGACCAGCUCAGGGAGGGCGCCAUGCGGGGCCUGCUCGAUGCCCUCCUGGCCGCCAAGCAGCUCUGGCCCCACGACACACAGGUGACGCUGAUCCCGACCUUUGACUCGGCGGCAAUGCACGCGUGGUACACGGAGACGCUGGAGCGGCAGCAGGCGCUGGGCGUGACGGUCCUGGGCAGCAACAGCACCGUGGCCAUGCAGGACGAGACCUUCCCCGCCUGCAAAGUCGAGUUCUGACCCGGGGCGGGACCAGGGGGUGAUUGGCAGGCGGGCGGGCGGGCGGGCGGAGCCAGGACCCCUGCCCUGUGCACACUCACACUCACUCACUCAGACACUCACACUCACAGGCAUCAAAGGCGGUUCUGAAAAGGGGCCCCUCCUCUCUUUCCCUCCCUCCCUCCCUUCCGUCCGUCCAUCCGUCCCAGGCCUGGGUGAUUGGACUCCAACUCCCAUCAUUCCACCUCCCAAACACCCGGAAGGCCUCCCGUUCCUUCCUUCCGUCCUUCCCUUUGUCUUCCUUCCCUUCUCCUCUUCUUCCUUCCUCCCUCCCUCCCUUCCUUCCUUCCUUCCUUCCUUCCUUCUUUCCAUCCAUCUAUCCUUCCCUUUCGUUCCUUCCUUCCUUCUCUCCUUCCCUUCAUCUUCCUUCCUUCCCUUCUCUUUUCUCCUCUUUUCUCCACUUUUUCCUUCCUUCCUUCCUUCCUUCCUCCCUUCCUUCCCUUUCGUCUUCCUCUCCACCUUUUCCUCCCUUUCGUUCCUUCCGUCCUUCCUUUUUCCUUCCUUCCUUUCCUUUCCUUUCUUUUCUCUUUAACCUUCCCUCCCUUCUCCUCCUUUCUCUCCCUUUCUUUUUCCUUCCUUCCUUCCUUCCUUCUUUCUCUCCCUUUCCUUUCCUACCUUUUAUUCUUCCUUCCUUCCUUCUUUUUUCUUUUCCUUUCUUUUCUCUUUAACCUUCCCUCCCUUCUCCUCCUUUCUCUCCCUUUUUCUUUCCUUCCUUUUAUUCUUCCUUCCUUCCUCCCUUUUUCCUCCUUCCUUCCUUCCUCCCUUUUUCCUUCCUUCCUUCCUUCCUCCCUUUUUCCUUCCUCCCUUUUUCCUUCCUUCCUUCCUUCUCUCCCUCCAUGAAGGACCCUCCCUCCCCUCCCGGCCUUGUUUGCAAUGUGACACUAAAGCCCUUUUCCUGCGUGUUCUUGUUUUUGUUUACUUUUGUAUCUGUACAUAACUCUCUCUCUCUAUAUAUAUAUAUAUAUUUGUUUUUGUUUUUUUUCUAAAAGGACAGGAAGUACAACCACGGGUCCGUCACCAUUUCCACUCCCCGCCGCGUUCGUUCGUGUUCUGUGCUGUUUUUUUAUAGAACCAAAGCAUUGUUUACUUGUUUGUUUGUUUGUUUGUUUAUCCUGACGGAGGGAGGGAGGGAGGGGGGGCUCCUUCUUGUGUUCACUCUUCCGCACUCCGAGGAAUAAAACACGUCAACACCGUG